UCCCACGAAGCUGCCGUCGCCCUGGUCAAACCGGCGGACCUAGGGCCUACUACUCCCUCCGGGGAAACCGGCGGAGAAUCGUCGCCGCACGGCUCACCGACACAAACAAGUCCUGAUGCUGAUCUUCAGCACGCCAACGAGCUUGUCUCGUUACACUACGAUCUCAAGGUCAAAUACCUUGAAAUGGGACCGGACCCGGAAUUGGUCCAGGCCGAAAGGCAGGUUGAUCAGGUGAUAUCAGCCUUGAACACAUCAUAG